AUCACAAGAACACAGCCCAAACAGAGCAGCAGGGUGGGUGCUGUGGCUGCAGUGUGCACAGGGAGCUGAGCCAGUGGAAGGAAAGUUGAAGGCACGGGAGACAGUGGUCGUUCCUCUCACUCAAUAUGUGCAGGGUGCGGGUGGCUGGGAGUUGCUAGAGAGCCUGGGCGGCUGCGGAACCUCCACUGUUUCUUUCCACUGCUGUUGGAACCGUGUUAUUAUAAUUUGCUUGGAUUGCAGCAGGAGGGCACCGGGAAAAUGCCAGGCAGCGACACAGGCAUAGCAGUUGACAGGACCUACUCGGAUCCCGAGAGGCACCGGAGGAGCAAGAUUAGGGAUUGUCUGUCAGAAAAAGAGGAGGAAAAUGGCCAAUCAGUUUGGGGAAACCUAUAUAGUAGAGGCAAAAAUUAGAUUCAAGUUCCUAAGGGAUGCAGAGGAUUAUGCUGGGGGAAACAUUUACCAGUGGAUACCAGGACGACCUCAUGUGACUCCAUCCUACUUCCGCAAUCAGCCUGCGAGGUUCCGACCAGCGCGUGGUGCACAGCGUAAGGGACGCCAGGAGGUACCGCUGAGUGGAUCGGCUGAAAGUACCUCGCAGAAGUCUACGGAUUCCUCGGGAUCCUCUUUUUUAGGGGAGGACAGCGUUCCCUCAAGCGGCGGGGAGCGCGAGGAACACGGCACCGAAGUGGAUAUAGCCGCAGCAGCCAAACCACGGCAGACACGCCCAGCGGGCGUAGGGAAAUCAAAGAAGGCACCUCGCUAGUGAUCAAUAUUUCCAAUAAGAUCUCAGUUUCUAAGGGUGAGGCGUAUAGUAACAGAGGAAGAGAGAUUAAACACACGACUGGAAGAAAUGACUACUAAAUUUGAACAGAGGGGUUACCCUGAUGAGAUAUUGAAGAGAGAAGUGUGCAGAGUGAGAGAUCUAGAUUGGCAAUCUAGUAUCCAAGAAAAAGCACAGAGGUGGACAGAUCUGAAAUGAACACCCUCAGCUUGCCUCUCAACAUCAGACGUGGAGGAUCAGACACUAACCUUAACUUUGAUAUUCCGGAUAGCAUUCUAGACUUUCACAAAGUCAAACUCACUGCCGACAGCUUGAAGCAAAAAAUCCUGAAAGUCACAGAACAGAUAAAGAUUGAACAAACUGCACGUGAUGGCAAUGUGGCCGAGUAUUUAAAGCUGGUGAACAGUGCCGACAAACAGCAGGCUGGACGUAUAAAACAGGUAUUCGAAAAAAAGAACCAGAAAUCUGCCCACUCUGUAGCUCAGCUACAGAAAAAACUAGAGCAGUACCACAAAAAGCUAAAGGAAAUCGAACAGAAUGGGUCUACUAGUAAAAGCUCUAAGGACAUUUCCAAAGACCUGCAACAUUCUUUAAAAGAUGUAACGAACAAUAGCCGCCCUGCUGGCCAAGGAGAGAGCAGUAAAAUGGGUGUGCCUGGUGUAUCACUGACGCCACCAAUGUUCAUGUUCAACAAGUCCCGGGAGUUUGCAAAUCUGAUCCGUAACAAGUUUGGAAGUGCUGAUAACAUUGCUCAUCUAAAAAACACUCUUGAUGACUUUCAUCCAGAAACCACUUCCAGAAACUUGAGUGGAAGUGCAACAAUAGUCACCAAGGCAAAAUAUGCAAGUGACGAUGAGUGCUCGAGUGGGACCUCGGGUUCUGGAGACAGCAAUGGUAACCAGACAUUUGACACCGGAAGGACAAAUGCCAGUGAUAGCCAUGGCAGUCUCUCAAUGUUUCUAGAAGAGCUGAGAGAAAUUAAAGAUGCCCAGUCACAGCUAGCUGAAGAUAUUGAGACGCUGAAAGUACAUUUCAAAAGAGACUAUAGUUUGAUUUCCAAAACAUUACAAGAAGAAAGAUACAGGUAUGAAAGGCUUGAAGACCAACUCAAUGAUUUAACGGAUCUCCAUCAACAUGAAACAGCCAACCUGAAACAGGACUUGGCGAGCAUUGAAGAAAAGGUUGCCUAUCAGGCUUAUGAACGAUCUCGGGAUAUUCAGGAAGCACUGGAAUCCUGCCAGACACGAGUGUCUAAACUGGAGCUCCACCAACAAGAACAGCUCUCUAUACAGUCGGAAACUGUAAAUGCCAAAGUACUGUUGGGCAAAUGUAUAAACAUACUUCUCGCCUUAAUCACAGUUGUACUGGUGUGUGUCUCAACUAUUGCAAAGUUUGUAGCUCCCAUGAUGAAGAGCCGCCUCCACAUAAUCUUUACCUUCUUUGCUGUGACUUUGCUUGCUAUUUUUUGCAAAAACUGGGACCAUAUAGUAUGUGCUAUUGAAAGGACCAUCAUGCCAAGAUGAACUCCAUGGCCUGUACAUUCAAUACUUCAAAUUCUGUCAUUUUUUUUAAGCAGGCAGGAAUUUUGCUGUCUGUUGGUCAAUACACUGUUAUGCUUCAUUAUUUGUUGGCAUGAAGGGCCUACCAUGUUGCCUUAACAUACUAGAAUCUAUUUUUCCUGUAAUUUGUAACAAGUAGCAGUGAUAUCAUUUCAUGUACAAUCUUUAGGCUUGCAAGCCUGUUUUUGUGGCUUAAGUUAUAUUUAAUUCCAAUAUUUGUUGGGGCUUCAAAAAGCAAAAGUUUUUUUUAACUGUGUGUCCUUAAAGGAAUUGUUCAGUAUAAAAAUAAAAACUGGGUAAAUGGAUGGGCUGUGCAAAAUAAAAAAUGUUUUCAAGAUAGUUAAUUAGACAAAAA